AUGCUUGGAUCUCUCAACAUGUGGAAUCUCGGUAUUGUAUUGUCAACAAAAUUAGUACAUGGCUGCAAAUUUCAGCAACCCUUCAGAACAAGUAUUUAUCAGUUCGCUCUCCAACCCAAGAUGAUAAGUCCUAAUGAAGAUUUAGACGGAAAUGAUCCUCGUCUUGUUAAACCCGUGGCUCCAGCAGAAAAAUGGGAACAUACAGGGUCAAAUUACGACAAGCUGGUUUCAAGAAUUGUGGGGAUGAUGACCAUAAGAGGAGAAAGAGAAGUGGCAAGAAAUGCGAUGCGUAUGACAUUCAGGGAAAUAAAAUUGAUACAGAUACGAAGGAACAAAAGUACUUCAAAUCUUUCGGGAGAUGAAAAUACGGUUAAGAAUCCCAUUGUUGUUAUUCAUGAAGCGGUCAAAAACUGCACGCCUUUGCUAAUGUUACAUUCAGUACCACGUGGUGGCGUUCUCUACAAGGUCCCAACUCCUCCGGUGUCGGAGUCAGUUGCUAUACAUACCGCAGUGAAAUUCAUUUUGGAAGCAGCAAGAGAUAAACCACGUACACAACGUAUAUGGAUAUCUUUGGGGAAUGAGUUUAUAGCAGCCUCGGAAAACCAAGGAAUGGCUGUGAAACGGAAAGUUGAACUGCAUAAACGUUGUCAAGAAAAUCGUGCAUAUGCAAAUUUAGAAGAUACUAGGUUUUUGUUGAUAUUUCCCUACGUUAGUCUUGCACUUGUAAAAGAGAUGUGGGAGAUACUGACAGUAGCCUAA